AUGGACCCGAAACAGGAAACAGUAGAUUCACAAGACAUACUUCAAGAAGAAAUAGCCGACUUGGAGCGUCGUCUCGCAGCAGCCAAGACACGUUUAAGCACACCACCAAAGGGAUCCGAUACACCACAGCCUUCACUUCAAUCACCGCUCAACUCACCAACACACUACCUCCUCCUCCUGUCCGACUCGCAACUGCCCAUUGGCUCAUUCGCAUUCAGCAGCGGGCUGGAAUCAUACCUCGCGCACAACCGCCGCGCCACAUUCUCCUCGUUCCUUCCGCUCUCGCUCUCCUCCUACGCCGCCACAACGCUGCCCUUUGUCCUCGCCGCCCACCGCGACCCUUGCUCUCUCAUCGAACUGGACGACCAGCUCGACGCAGCGGUCAUCUGCACCGUCGGCCGGAGAGCCAGCGUCUCGCAGGGCCGGGCCCUCCUGUCCAUAUGGGAGCGCUCGUUUAGAGCCACGCUCCCCAAGAGCGCCGACUUGCCGGUCCUGCGCGAAUUCGCGGCCUUGCUCAAGGAUGGCUCUGCGGAUGGUGAAGCGCCGCCCGUCUCGGCACACCUGGCACCGCUGUUUGGUGCAAUUUGCGCGAUUGUAGGGCUGACGCUCCACCAGACGGCGUACAUGUACAUGGUGAGCCACCUCAAGGCGCUGGUGUCGGCGGCCGUGAGGGCGAGCAUGUUUGGCCCGUACCAGGCGCAGAAGGUGUUGGCCGGGGAGCAGGCGCAGAGGUGGAUCGGGCGAGUGAUUGAUCGGGAGUGGGAGACGAGGGUUGACGAGGCUGGGCAGAGUGUGCCAGUAAUGGAUUUGUGGAUUGGACGCCAUGAAGUUCUAUACUCGAGGAUCUUUAAUAGUUGA